UUUUCUUCAUCAACCAUGGAUACAGAUCCUCUCCAAGAUACUGUCCCUCCACGCUAUGCUAUUGAAUCAGAUGAGGAAGAGGACGAAUUCAACCCCCUCUCGCAUGGCAAAGUUGUUCGCGAACCUCUCACCAUAAACAUCAAGGGAGUUGGACCCUUCGAAGGGGUAGGAAACGACCUGAUUAUUGCAUUUGGAGAUGCUGGAAGAUCUUGGGCUCAAGGCGCGAGUUUAGAACAGCAGAGAGGUGGCGUGUUCGUCAACGAAAUCCAAGUUGGCCUGGUGUUCACUCCAUCGUGGACGAAAUCUAUAAUCAUCAUAUCUGAACUGACGACUGCACUCCCCAUCUGGGCCAUGAACCCAUACGCACAGAGUGUCCUCGAUUUUUUCAAACCCGCAAGACUUGCCCUUCUUGACACGUACCCUGUUCCCGUAUACAUCACCCCACAGCCUCUUCUCUUCCACGAGGCCCCUGUACGGUACUUAUCCACAGUGGGCGGUAAACCACCCGCUUCAAAUUAUCAUCCCUUCUCCCCACCAAAUCUCAUCCAAUCUACAUCCGCCGCUUUCCUUUCCAUAAUUUAUGUUUCCCUCGCAUCCCUCGCCACCCCAUCUGCUGUUGAACCCCCAAUCAAAGCAACGCUUCUUCUGCUGCCUUCUCCUCACAUCCCGCAGGCUAGGUCCUCUGAACUCUCCCGAUCUUCAGCUGGCUCGGUGUCGCUGGAAGAAUAUGCUAAUGACGGGCUCGACGGCUGGUCAAGGGAUAUGAUGCAAGGUGUGGAUGCUUGUCUGCUUGGAGUAGAAGGCACGAAAGUGGGGAGGGCAUGGAAGGCGGAAGGGAAAGGGAGUGCGUCUGCUAUUGCUAAUGGAGGUAGAGGGAGGAGAGGGGAUGUGGGCGAUGGUGGAAUGUAUAUCUAGCCCGGGUGCAUAAAAAUGAGUUCCGUGUACAAUCA